AUGCCACCUGGUGCUAACACAGAUACUGCUGUGCUAAGCCCCGCCCCCUCCACCACACCUGCACCUGCUCCAAGCUUGGACAGCAUUUUUAACUCACUGGCUAACAUUCCCAGCUUUGCGGGGUUUGUUAGCAGUGUGGGUAACCCUGCUGUGAGCUUCUCUCCAUCAGCCCCACCCCUCCCAAAUACUAAACCCCACCCACCCUCGCUGACGGGAAGUGGAGCUGGAGAUGCUCGUACAGGUGCAAUGACAGAUGUUGGAGCGCUGUCACAGCUGGUGACAUCAGCUUUAGACCCGACUGCUGCAGUCACGCUGCCACCUGUAGAGGGUGCUGCAGGGUUAACAGGUGAAGUUUUAUCUCCAGGUCCUCAUAGCACCAGAGCAGAAAACCCGUCGGACACCACGUUGGCCUGCUGGACGACCCAAGAGGAAGCUGAAUCUGAGUCAUCCAAUGAGGAGGAAGAAUCAGGUGUUAGCCCCGCUCCUUCUACAGCUGAAGCAGAUCCUCGUUCUGCCCCGACGACCAACAAUGACAAAAUCUCGACUAAUACUUCCUUUCGUUUGAUACCUACUCGGCCGGCCCCGCCCCCUCCCAACACAGCAGGCCGAUCAGGAAAAUCUGUCAGACAGAAGACACCGAGGGCGGCCACCAUCCGAGUGUCAAGGAAGAAGGGCGCCAGCGGGAAACCUACUCCUCAGAGCCCUGUCGUCCGGGCAAGCUGGCUGGACGUCUGGAAAGGCUUCAGACAUAAUGUAUUAUGGGCGACGCUGGACGGACAGCUGAUGUCUCUGUGGAAGAAACGCACAGACCGGUUCAGCGAGGUGUUGUUUCAUGUCUCCAGUAUCACCAACGUGAAGAAACAGGACAAAGGCAGAUUCUCUGUUUACUUCAGGAAGAAGCAUUAUGACUUCAUGGCUCAUAGUGAAGAGGUUCAGGACGGUUGGGUCACUUCUCUUCUCGCCACUCGAGGCAAUCCAAGCCCCACCCCCCCAGAACUCCAUGGACAAAUCACCCUUAAGGACCCGCGGGGUCGUGCUUAUGCUGCCCUCUGGGGUCAUGACCUUUGGAUUUACCCUAACAAGGAGGGCUUCCAGCUGGGUGUGGCCUCGUAUACCGUCCCCCUGAAUGUGGCCUCGGUCAAAUCGACGGGGAAACACUCGUUUAGCCUCAUCACUCCAUACAAGACCUUCAACCUGUCUGUUGAUUCGUCCAAGGAUCUGUCCGUCUGGGUGGACAGGCUGUCUUCAAGUAUCCAGAGCGCUCUGUCCUGCUGUCAGGUGGCGCUGCGUCUCUGGGAACACCCGUACAACAAGGUGUGCGGGGACUGUGGUGCGGCCAAUCCGGAGUGGGCCUCGGUCAAUCUGCUGCUGGUCAUAUGUCAGCACUGUGCAGGUCACCAUCGAGGCCUGGGCAGCAACCUGUCGAAGGUGCGCAGUCUAAGGAUGGACAAUAAAAUCUGGACUGAACCAUUGAUACAGCUGUUCGUUACCUAUGGUAACCAGCUGGCAAAUCAGGUGUGGGCUCCAGCGGUGCCAGCGGCAGAGCAGCUCCGCCCAGAGUCCACAGAUGAGGAGAGGUCAAAGUUCAUAAAGGAUAAAUACAGCAGGGGGCGCUACAGACGAGUGCACGCUCUGGCCUCAUUUCCCUCCAUGAUGGAGCAGAGGCUGUAUCAGGUGGUCUGCACUGAUGACGUGGAGGAAACGAUGUCUCUGAUCUGCUCCGGAGCAAAGGUGUCUUCAUCAGACCCACAGACCCCCUCCCUCAUCCUGCUGGCAGAGCGAGCCAAUCAGGCUCUGCAGACCGAGCUGCUGCGAGUCAACGAGUACACAGAAGUCCCGCCUCACCAGCCGCUGGCAGGUAGAAGGAGGUUGGACUCCGCCCCCUCAGGUGAGGAGAAGGAGGAGCUUCACGGGAAACUGGAGGAUGAUCGUUUUCUCUUCUCGCUAGAAAACGAAUCAGCAGCCUGCGACGUGCUCGACCUGCGAGAAGUCCUGUCUGUCUUCCUCAAAGACGGCCGAGCUCAUCAGUUUGAGAUCGUCACACUCACAGAUCAGCUGAUCUGUGCAGCUGACAGCAGGGAGGGGCUGUCGGACCACCUGGUCCAUAUUCUGAAGGUGAUUCUUCCAGGGGGCGUGUCUUAUGCUGAGGUGGGCGGAGCCUCCGCAGUCAGUAAAGUGUGUAUUGUAGAAUUGGGCAGAGCUUCCAAUCAUCCAGAGGCCUGGCUGCUGCUUUGGGAGGAUGGAGUCAGCAUUCACCCUGUCCACAGAGAAUCCCAUGAGUCUCUCACAAUUGAUCUGGGCAUGCUCAGUCACCACGAAAUGGAUCCAUCUGAAAACAUCGUCACCAUGGCAACUGCAGACAGGAGGGUGUCGUUGCGUUUCGAAGAGCAAUACAGCUGUCGGUCCUGGUUCACCCACCUUCAAAGAGCUCUAGCCAAUCAGAGCCCAGCUGUGCCACGUCCUCCUGCAGCCAAUCAGAGCCCAGCCGUGCCACGUCCCCUUGCAGCCAAUCAGAGCCCAGCCGUGCCACGUCCUCCUGCAGCCAAUCAGAGCCCAGCCGUGCCCCAUCCUCCUGCGGCCAAUCAGAGCUCAGUUUCUUGGUCUCUGUACCCGGUGAUGGAUGUGCAGCUGAGAGGUUCGGUACCGCCGGCCAUCGAGCGCUGCAUCUCCCACAUCACCACCUACGGUCUGAAGGUGGAGGGCGUGUACCGGCGCUGCGGUCUCGCUUCAAAAGUCAGCCAGUUGGUGGAGGCCUUGAUUAUAUCACCAAACUCCACCCCCCUGGAGAGUCAUGAGCAGGGCGUGCUAGAUGCUGGCUCCGCCCUCAAACAAUAUGUCCGCCGGCAAGAGAGUCUGAUUCCCAACGGAGCCCAAGGGCAGUGGCUGCAGGCUGCAGGUGUGUCAGACGAGAAACGCAGGUUUAAGGAGUACAGACGGUUACUACGGCAACUUCCUGAUGACAACCGAGCGACCCUGAAUGCCCUGUUUGGACACUUCUACAUGGUUCAGGUGUUCUCUCAGGUGAACAAGAUGUCAGCCCAUAACCUGGCUGUGGUCCUGGUCCCGUCCCUCUUCCAGGCCAUGAACCAGGACUUGAUCACCCUCACUAGAGAGUUCAUCAUCCACCACACCCUGCUCUUCCUCACCCCAGACUCGGCUCAGAGGCAGGAGCAGACCACUGUCUUCUGAUGAAGAUCAGCCCGUUUCUUUUAGCUUACUGUGAAUCUUUUGGGAUGUUGAGGAAACUGUUGUUAUUGAAAUCACUGACCAAUCACUGUCUACUUCCUGUUUCCUGUCAGUUGAACUACGGCUAUCAGAGAGAAUGAUUACUGCUGGCUGCUCUUUACGGUGGUUGUUAAAUGAAUGUUAAUGUGAGGCUCUGCAGCUGAGCGGGGUGUACCACUGUGUAAGCUGAGCACUCACUUUAUGAAAUGUUAUCUUCAAAUCUGCAAAUAAAACUGAAACUGAA